AUGUCAGAUGGUACUUGGAAGGGAUAUUUGCUAAUCAGAAAAUUCCAGGCGAACAACAUUUCCGCCGCAGAGAUCCGUGACUCGUACCAACAACGUGUUCGACAAGCAGAGCAAGACGCUGGAGAAGCAGAAGACAACGGCGAAGGACCGUCGAAUGCUGGUGAAGAGGGCGAAGAUGUCGAAGAAGACCUGCAAGCAGAGUCCUCUGCAAUGGCAGCUGAACGUUCCCGCAAACGUAAACGCAAUCAAGAAGAGGCCAUAGCGAAGAUAAAGAAAGGCAAGGCGGCCGAGAAAGCGUCAAAGAAAAAGAAGAAGGGCUCAGAGGACGAUUCUGACUUUGAGGACGUCAUGGAUAUGUACAAGAAGGCUAAGCCGCUUCCUGGACAGCUGGAGAACUGCGAGAUUUGUAAUAAGCGUUUUACCGUCACACCGUACAGCAAGGCGGGUCCAGAAGGUGGACUUCUUUGUACACCGUGUGGAAAAGAGAUGGUGAAAGAUGCAAAGGCAGAGAAGAAGGCAGCUAAGCCUGUCGUGCGCAAGGGCCGAAGGAAGAUUGAGAGCAACCGCCUCGAUGGUAUGACUGUGCGCGGACCCAAGACGCUACAACAGCUGUGCAUUGAGAAGCUCGCCAAACAUUCCGAAGACAUUGAUGAAUUGGGCGAGAUGCCAGAGGGCAUCAUGAACCGAAUCAGUGAAAUCUUCUCGAAGAAGCGUGCGAUGAACUCCACCACGAUGAAGUUGUUCCUCCAGCCCGAUAUGCAGUCGGUUGCAAUUCAUGAGGCUGCAUACCUCGAGACUGAGGAUUACGAUCAGAUCUUUGCAGUUUGCCCAUACGUUAAGCGUCUGUCUCUUCGCAACUGUUGCCAGUUCAAGGACAGCAAUAUUGACUACAUGAACGAAAAGGCGAAGGCGCUUGAAGAGAUCCAAUUAUUGGGUGCUAACCUUGUCUCCAACGACAAAUGGGCUGAACUCUUCAUCGCUCGAGGCCAAGAUUUGAAGACACUAAAGGUGGAGUGGUUGGACGCCGCAUUCGACGACCAGGUAGUAGAAGCACUUACCACUUUCUGUCCGAACCUUGAGCGUCUGAAGAUUGAGCGUUGCAAGAAGAUUGGGCCAGACAGCAUCGACGCCAUAGCUCAUUUGAAGCACCUAAAGCACCUCACACUCCGCUUCUACGACCCCAUCACCCGCGAGAAGCUCGUCCACUUGGUAAACUCCGUCGGCGCCAACCUCCGCACCCUAUGCCUAGAGCACUUCCUCGACAACACAACAGAUCCCACCGACGACGUCUUAGAGACCAUCCACAACAAGUGCCACCAACUUAGCAAAUUUCGCUUCACUGAAAACAACGAGUGCACCGACACUGGCUACGUCAAUCUCUUCUCUAGCUGGGAUAACCCGCCCCUCCACUACAUCGACGUAAACUCCACUCGCGACAUGGACAACUCCAACCCUGACGGCCCAGAGGAUGAACCCAUCGGCCUCGCUUCCAACGGCUUCCGCGCGCUGAUGGCACAUUCCGGCUCGCGCCUCGAGUUCCUAGACAUAUCUUCCUGCCGCCACAUUUCCCACACGACCUUUACAGAAGUCUUUGACGGCACCAAACAAUAUCCUCAUCUCCGCGAGAUCAACUUGUCCUUCUGUCCCGUGGUUGAUACGCAGAUUGUCGCUGGUGUCUUCCGGUCGUGUCCUGCGAUCAAGAAGGUGGUUACGUUUGGGUGCUUCCAGGUAAAUGAUGUGGUUGUGCCCAGGGGCAUUGUGUUGAUUGGAGCACCAAAGGCUCAGGAUCAGAUUGAGCAGUUUGGAGAGUUGGUGUUGGACUAUCAGAAGGAGAUUGAGGAGGAGAGGGGCCAGAUGAGGGCGGCGGGGAGAAUUAUUCCUGUUGUUGGGUAG